GACAUCGCGAACUUCAUAUGGAGAAGUUAGUACUUGCCGUCGUUCGCAAGAUAAAUUACAAAUGGUGUUUACGUCUUCCUAUGAACGUUAUUAUCUAAGAAUACAUAUAUUAAAUUUAAAGUUCUCCCUGUUGCCUCUGUGGUCUUUUAAGCAAAUUAUUUGUUUGCAACGAUGCAUUUGUUUCUUCAAAAUAACAGAAUGCACGCACAAUGAGUAAGUGCACGUAUUCGACUGGCUGAAUAAUAUGAAUGAAAGAUUGUGCCAGCCACUACUACUACUUCAAGCAAAAAACAAUCACGUGCGGCGUUAUUAGAAUGAAAAUUUUCAACAAAGGGAUAAAGUUAGAAGAUAGGAAACUGAAAAUAUUAAACGUUAUGUGCAAAAACGAUUCUACAAGUUUCUUCUUCUGAAUCGGAUGUAGGAGCUAGGUGGUCAUGAAGGCGGUUGCUAUGGAAACAGCAGAUGGCAGUGGUAGUCAAACUAAUGAGGAUAUUGUCAGUGUUCGUGUUUUUGUUCCGGAACUCCAGCUUGAGAAGUUUUUUCAGUUUAAUGUAGAAGAAUUGGUUUGGGAUGUUAAACAACACAUUCUCUCCUCUCUCCCAAAAGAACUAAAAGAAAGCUUCAACUAUGGGAUCUUCAUCUUGCCAAGGAAUGGGAAAGCUGGCAAGUUCUUGGAUGAAGAAAGGCUACUACUUGAUUAUCCUUUGAGUGAACCUGUAGAGUAUCUUGAACUGCGAUAUAAGCGUCGUGUUUACAAGACAAUGAAUGUAGAUGAGAAACAGAUUAAACAACUUCAUACAAGAGCUAAUCUUCGUCGAAUGAUUGACUACAUCAACUGUGGAAAUGUAGACAAAAUAAAUAAAUUAUGUACUAAAGGAUUAGAUCCUAACUUUCAUUGUCCAGAGUCUGGUGAAACUUCUUUGACCCUUGCCACUGCUCUUCCUCAACCAGCAAAAGUGUUAAUGGAACUUGUGAAUGGUGGGGCACAUUUAGAUUUCAGAAUGAAAGAUGGGAGGACAGCAAUUCAUCGAGCAGUUGAGAGAGACAACUUUGAAGCUUUAAAGAGCCUGCUGGACCUGGGAAGCUCUCCAAACUAUAAAGAUAACCGAGGACUGACUGCUCUCUACUACAGUGUGUUCUAUGGUUGUGACCCAAAGCUGACAGAGCUUUUGUUACAUGAUCAUGCAAUCUUUGGUAUAGCUGAUCAUCAAGGAUGGCAAGAAGUUCACCAGGCUUGCAAGCAUGGUUUAGUUCAGCAUUUAGAGAAUCUUCUGUUUUAUGGAGCAGACAUAAACUCUCGCAAUGCUAGUGGUAACACUCCUCUUCAUGUAUGUGCAGUAAAUGAUCAAGAAAGCUGUGCUCGAGUACUUCUGUUUCGGGGUGCUGAUAAAAAUGCUUUGAAUUAUGCUAACCAAAAUCCUUACCAGGUGGCAGUAAUAGCUGGAAAUCAUCACAUGGCUGAAUUAAUAGAAAAACACAGACCUGAAGAUGUGGUUCCCUACAGAGAGGCUCCACAAUAUAACCUUCGGAGGCGGGCUAGUGCUGCUGUCGCAGCAAUGAGUCGCAACAACAGUGACCCACGCCUUGAACUAGCUCUUGGUUUCAAACCACCCUCUCCUUGCCCCUCUUACCGCUCAUUGCCUCCCUUCUCCUCUGUUUCUACAAUCUCAGAGGCAUCGACUGGGUCCUCAUCUACCUGUACACAACCUAGUGGAGAAGAUAGUGAAGACACAGCUUCUGCCAGUGUAGUAACAGAAAAAAGUGUUACCAGCGAUUCUUCCGGUGUGUGUACAAGUAACAGUGGAACAAGUGAGUCAACUACUGAACAUGGAGACAAUCCUAUUCUUCCAGGAACAACCUGUGUCUGUGUGGAAGACUACUCUCCUUGUAGUCCUGGUCACCUCCAAUUGACCAGAGGAGAUAUUGUGGAUGUUGUUGGUAUCUCUGAUUGUGGGCUGUUGGAAGGAAGGCUAAGAAAUGAACAGGAGGGUCUAUUUCCAUCCUCAGCUGUUCAGGAAGUCAAGUUGAGAAAAAUUGAAGCCCUUCCCCCAACUGGUCAACCUCGAAUUGAAGGACGUAGAGAGUUGAAUGCUAGAAAAACUAACACAAUUCCAAGACAGUGGAAGAUGUAUGGUGAUGCUCGAACUGUGAUCCUCCAUAAAGGAAAAAAAGGGUUUGGUUUUGUUCUCAGAGGAGCUCAAGCUACAAGCCCAUUAAUGGAAAGGCAACCGACAGACAACUGGCCUAGCCUGCAAUAUCUAGAUGAUGUAGACAAAGGUGGAAUGGCUGAUUUAGCAGGCUUAAAAAAGGGGGAUUUUCUUUUGGAGGUUAGUAACAGGAAAUUAGCAUUAAUACUGUGUGCACAAAACAUUUUGUUUUUGUUUAAAGUAAAAAAA